UAUCCCCCAUCAAUGAAAUUCAAGAAGCACACACACAUUGUGUGUUCUUGUUUAAUUUCAUCACACACAUAAUGUGUGUAAAUAUGUCAAGCAAAAAAUAAGUGGCAUUUUUUGGACGUUUGAUUCAUAUAAAUUAACAAAGAUGAUGAAAUCAACAAAACCCAUAUCAAGUCCAGGAAGAACAACAGAAAAAUUCCCACCACCAUUAAUGAGGUUUUUAAGAAGCAAUGUGGGAAACAAAAGCACUAAAAGAGGAGGAAGAAGGUCACGUGCCAGCCCUAUGUUUUUUAGAAGGAAAAACACAAAUAUUGAGGCCAUACAAGAACCAUCUUCACCUAAAGUCACGUGCAUCGGCCAAGUCCGUGUCAGACGGUCCAAGAAAACCACCACCGCCACCACCACCAGCAACGUUGCCACCACCGCCGGUAGCGCCGCCGUCCUCCGCCGUAAAUCAAGAAACAUCAUUUGCCGGUGUUUUAGAAAACUAAAACCCAGAUCGAUUUUUAAUGUUUUAAGCAAAUGGGUAUCGUUUUUCCGAUGUGGGUACUGCGAAAGUUCCACCUUUUUAGAUGAUUCUCCGGUGGAUGUUUGUGCGCCGGUAAGUGUAAUCAAGCAAGUCGCCGGAAAAAAUGGUGAUGAACAAGAAAAAGAAGAAGAACAAGAAGAUAUUAAUCAAGGUUUGAUUUCAAAAUCACCACCGAAAAAUGCGUUUUUGUUAACAAGAUGUAGAUCUGCACCAUACAGAUCUUCUUCAUUAGCAAAUAAGUUUUGGGAAUCAGGAAUGGAGAAAAAAGAGGAAGAAGAAAUUUCAGAAAAGAUUAAAAAUUUAAAGAUUAAGAAAGAAGAUGAAAAUGAAAAUGUUGAAGUGAAUGAAGGUGGUAGUAAAUGCAAUGAAAGAAAUGAAGUUGAAGAAUUAAAAGCAGUGAAAGAAGUGCCAUUGAUAUUGAAUAGGUGCAAAUCAGAACCAGCAAGAACAUGGAAGCAACUUCUUAUUGUGUGAGUGAUGUGUUUCUGUUAGCUUAAAUUUUUACUGUAAAAUUAACUGUGAUUAAUCAGUGAAUUUUUAUCUUUUCUUUAUUUUAUUCUUAUUUUUA